GGGUCACGUGGCUGACGCCUUGCUUGCAGUUCCUUACUCAGCCGCUGUGUCAAGUUGGCGUUAAAAUUCCAGUUAAUGCAAAUGGCUAAUCUUUACUAGUUUUUUUAAUUCCACGGUAAGAAGCUGAACUGAACUAGUGUCUAUCGUUGUUUUAACCUGCACGCCAACCUCUAAUUUAGCAGGUUUUCACACCCAAUGGACCAGCGCUGGCCUUGGCCUGAUGCUUGGGGACCUCCGGCGUAGAUAAUUGAUGGUAAUGCUGUUGUUUCAACUCUCCAGGACAGUACCAGACUUUGGAUGGAGUCAGCGUCCUGCUUCUCUUCGUUUGUUGUAGCCACAACAAGUGACUACAUGUUGACAUAUUGGGGCCAGCAACAAGAGAAGGAUGGUGAAGUACUUCAGUAGUAGAAGUGACAUCAACAGUGCGUGGGACCAUGUUGUGUCUGCCUUUUGGCAGCGCUAUCCUAACCCCUUCAGUACUCACGUUCUCACAGAGGACGUUGUGUAUCGUGAGGUGACAGCGGAUCACAGGCUGCUCUCCAGACGCCUCCUCAUGAAGACCAAUCGGCUGCCCCGCUGGGCCGAGCGUUUCUUCCCCGCUGGCAUGUCACGCUCUGUCUACAUUGUUGAAGACUCCAUCGUUGACCCUGUGAGCAGGAGUCUGACCACCUAUACCUGGAACCUCAACCACACCACUCUCAUGUCCGUGGAGGAGCGUUGUGUUUUCCAAGACGCCGCAGAGCAGCCAGGCAUCACCCAGCUGAAACGUGAGGCGUGGAUCUCCUCAGGCAUCUACGGCUUCUCCAGACCCAUCCAGGAGUUUGGAUUGGCCCGCUUCAAGAGCAACCAAGCGAAAGCCAUGAAAGGGCUGGAGUACGCACUGUCGAACCUACAAGGAGAGACGACCCAGUGGCUACCCCGGGCCUCGGUGAAGGAGGCCUCAGACAAGGCAAAGGAGGCGGCCAAGAGUCUGGCGUCCACUGCCACCACUUCACAAAAAGCUCAGCAGUACGUCUGACGGGGACUUUGGUCCAUCUGCUUCAUCUUAAAUCUAACUUAUUUUACAUCCACUUUCUGGUUUGAAGGCCACUUUACUGUUUGUCUCAGGUGCUGACCAGACUUUGACCAGCAGCACAUCCACUAUCACUGCUGCAACUAUGCUACCAUAUCAUUUUAAACCAUAUUUAAAGUUAAGUUGUAUUGAAUGCCUACUUUGCCCAUUUAUCAUAUAGCUGCAAGGAUGUUUUGGUACUUGAUUAAGCUCUGAUGCUUGAAUUGGAUGAGGAACUGCACUUUUUCUGGAAUUUUGUCAGUCAUUCACAAUCCUUAUGUGACACGCAAAUACAUAUUUCUUUCCCUUUUCUGUGCAUUAUAACGCAUUGUUAGCUUCUUAACUUGUUUUCUAGCAUUACAAUGCACAGAAAAGGGAAAUAAAUUUGUGUUCAGGAUUGUGAGUGGUGGGCAAAUUCCGAAAAAAAGUGCACUUCUCCAUUAAACACAAUGAUUCCUUACAGUGUGAUUUCCUCUCACAUUUAUCCCUUGAUUAGAACUCAAAUGUGCACCACAAGCUUGCAGACAGUCAGGUCACACGCAAAGUGUUUUACUCAUGGUUUACUCGUGACUGAUUCGUGGAGCAUUCAGAGGCACACCCUCAUGCUCAAGGCGAUCGUCUCUGGAUUAAAAACAGGAUGUGUGUCUAAAUGCAAACUAUAAGUUUAGCAUCAAAGAGGGGUGUAGAGUAAAAAAAAGAGGAAAUAAUGUUAUUGUACAAUUUUGAUGCCAUUACUUCCACUGCCUGUUGAAACAUUUCAAUAAUGGCAGCCUCUUUUUCAGGUGAUAUGUUUUCAUUCUGUACUUGAACUAGCUUAUGUUUUGCAAAAAUGAAUGUCAAGAUUUAUUUGUAUAGAAUAUAAAUAGUCUCAAGGUCCAUUUUUUUCGCUUUUAUUUAUCAAUGAACUUUCAUAAAAUAAUUUAUUUGUGUAAUUGUUGAUAUUCAGGGUUGUGUGUUCUAAAUUCUGAAUAUGCAAUACUUCAGAUUAAAGUGCUUUUCUUUUGCAACUAAAAAAAACUAUGAAAUUGUUUUCUUGUUACGUAGAACCCUUUUCUAUUAUUUUUCUUUAUUUCUUGAGCUGUUUCUCAAAAGUAAAAAAAAAUUCACUGUAACUAAAGUUCUCCAUAGACGUAGAAAUUAUGACGUAUGACAUUGUACAUCCGGUUUUUUCCACUGGGUCCGUUAAACCGGUUUCAAUGAAUGAAUUUCAUCAAUUUGACGAAUUGAUUUUAUCAGUUCGACAAAUUUUAAUUCCAACAUAAAAUCAAAAUUCCCUUUUGGAAAUUCGAGAUAUGUUGUAAACGUUGUCACCUGCGCAAGGUCUGUUACUAAUAAAAUGAACUGGAGCAACAUUAUAUAAAUAUUUUACUACACGAUGUACAGGACUGACAUUUAAAGACACCUU